AUAUUGAUUGUUAGAGAUGUUUGUUGGUUUGUUGAGCAGAUUACUAAGCAUAUUCUUGUAAGUACCGAACCUUGUUAUUUAAUAUUCUCAAGACAGCUAAACCAGAAUUAUAUAGGAAACAUUACUAAGUAGUCUUCCAUCAACCCUGUUUUUCCUAUUUUCAUUCUUUGUGCCAUGGCAGGGGCUGGAAACGAAGACAUGGAAGAUGAUACGCGGACCCCAACCCCAACCCCAACACCGACUUUGAGCUCAACAUCAGAGGCUGCAAAUAGACAUGUAGUGGUCGUCAUGGAUGGAAUGGAAGAGUUCACAACGCAUCCACUUGAGUGGGCAUUGGACAACGUCAUUAAGCCUGGUUGCCUUGUUACUCUCGUUGGUGCAAUGCCGUGGCUCAACAUUCCUCUUUCGUCCAAAACAUGGUUGGAUAUUUGGCCAAUAAAUUUGGAGGAGAUGUCCUUUGAGGGAGUGGAAAGAGAGUAUAUUAGUGAAGCCAAAUAUGCAAAACUUGAAGCUGUGGUAUCACUCUGUAAAAAAUAUGGGGUUGUGCCUCAAAAGAAAGUAGUAAUGGGUCAUCCACUUAGAUUGCUUAUUGUUGAGAAAAUCUCAAGCCUGCAUGCAACCUGGGUUGUAUUUGAUAAGCAUCAAAGAGGUAAUAGAUCAUAUUAUGCCAAGAAAAUAAAAUCAAAUAUGGUGAUGCUUAGAGAAGAUGGAAGUGUUGAUAUGAUCAAUAGAGAGCCUGAUUUCCCCAGUGGUUCCACUUUAGAUUCAAGACAAUCUUAUUAUUCAUUGAAUAGUUAAAUAUUUAUCCUUUUUCCCCUGUUCGUUCGUGUCUAUUUAGUUUUUAAACUAAUAAAAGUUUCGGUUAUGUUAUUGAAUAUUAUUCAACUUUUUCUUUUUGUUUUGCUUUGUACUAUACUUUUAUUUGGUUUUUGUAGGUUUUUUAAACACACAACAUGCU